AUGGAUCCCACCGCUCGUUUUCCAGCCUCGGCAGACUCUCAGCAGGCCAGAGUCGAUCUGCUUCCCGAGAACAUCAAUCCGGAGACGUCUCCUGCUCGUUCUAGUCGUUCCACCAACACCCAACCCGAAGAUAUUCCUGGAAGUCAAGACGCCAAGGAAGAGGCUCAAUACGACAACAAUGAAGCGGUAACCCCCACAAGCCAAGCCGCCUCCUCUACGGUCGAUAGCACGGACCUUUCGUUGGCGCUCAAUUCCAACAGCGCUUCUCCCCACACCGAAGUUGAUGGCGACGAAGACAUUGAAGAAGACAUUGCAGUUGGCCAGACCAACUUGAACCUUCAGAUUCCUGAUGUUCCGCCGCCGCCGCCGGCCUCGGAGGAGACACUGCGCCAGCAGGCAGUUGCCUGGAUGGAGGCAGCCAACUCCGAUGUUCCGAACGGCCAGGUUGUCCAGCCUCCCCCUUGGUACGCAUAUUCCCGUACCGAACAUCCAGAUCGCCCACGCAUCUGGAUUAAAGACUUUUUCACGGGACAUGUCCGUCCACGUAGGCUGGUUAAUGACCGCCUUGCGGAGAUGUCUCUCGUGGAAAGGGAGAGGUGGGAAAACCGCCAGAGGAGGAUUAGGGGCGAGCCUGCCGACUGA